AUGCCUUUCAAAAGGCUGCGGCCAGAAGAGCUGAGCAAUGCGCUCGCGACGCCGUUAUCAGCGGCCGCACGCGCUUUCUACAGCCAAAAGCAGUCCGCUGUCUACACCUCCGCGUCCAACGACAGUAUACAGACCGACUUGACGCGUCACGCGCUGGAGCUCUUGCACGUCGAGUCAGAGCGAAAGACCGCGUCGACGACCGAUUCAGUGGUGGUGGUAUCAGAUGUGGUGGUGGUAUCAGAUGUGGGAGCAGGUUCGGGGCUGAGUACACGGGCCGCACAGAUCUGGUUCCGCGAGCGCCAAGUCGCUGUCUUUGUCGUGGCCUGUGACAUCAGUGCGCCAAUGCUGUCCAUAGCGUCGCAGAGUCAGCGGCGCGACGCAAAAGCGCCUCGCGCCGACUUUUACUGCGGUAACGCUGGACAGAAACUGCCGGUGCGAGACGGUGUGCUGGACGGAGCGAUUGGGAUCUCAAUGCUGCAGUGGCUCCAACCAGAGGGAUUGGAGGUGUGUCUCUCGUCGCUGUAUCAUCAGUUGGCUGCUGCAGGUCGCGAGACGCGGGCGGUGUUUCAGGUCUAUCCCCCGAGUUUGGCCUUCGUGGAGCUGAUGGAACACACGGCACUGCGCGUGGGCUUUGCUCGUGCUGAGGCGUUUGUGUCGUUUCCGCACUCGACGACCGCCAAGAAGUGGUUCUUUUGUGUGGAAAAGAGUGGACAUACUGUGGACAGUGUAAAUGCACAAGGGGCUGCAGCGCAGUCGGAGCUGUGUCUGUUUGCGAGACGAUAUGAGCGACGCUGCGUGCUGCAGUGGCUCGGAGCGAGUAGUGGAGGCGCAGACGGCAUUCGCAAGCGCGUCGAGAAGGAGCACGUGAAAACAGCGUGGCAUAUCUGGCGGAAGUACCGGCGGUCGAUUACCACUGGUGGUACUGCAGCCACACCGCCGGCACUUGUGACGACGGCAAUGCCGACAAAAGCGCAGCAGUCGCUCGAGCUUUACCCGAGCGACAGCUGCAUUGGUCGGGCACUCCAGGUGCAGUUUGAAGCGAGAGCAGGUCAACUCUCCCUCGCCUUCCUGCUGACUCAUGCAACAGAAGUGGUCGACGUGUUGCACACAGCGUAUACAGCGGCCAGAAAGACAGAGCUUACGGCCGACCGCUGUGAUGGAAAAUGA